AUGGCAUUCUGUAUCACGUUUGGAACUCAUGGUGUUUACCUUGUGGACAUCUCCACCCUGCUUAGUAGUAUACCUCGGAUAUUGAUUCAAGCCACAGAGUUCACGGGCAUGCUCGAAGGCUACGAGCAGGUACGCGCUUACUGCUACAACUGCCAUUCUUCACCAUUUGCUUCAUUCGGGGGAUAUGACGAGAUGACUAACAUCACCAUGACACAGCCUCUGAUCCCGCUCUCAACCCACAAGUACAAGGAGGUUUUAUGCUACACCUGUCGCGUGAGCCAAGAUCUUCGGGAUCGGCCUGAUAUCACUCCUGAAACACGACCACCACCUCAGAUGGCAUGGGGUCCUCAGCCACCCCCUCAAGCGUAUGGCGGGUACCAACAACAACCGCCACCGCAACAGCAACAGCAACAGCAACAGGACUACAAAUAG